CUUCCAGUACUCCUUUGUCUUUCUUCAGGGCAGAGGUGUCUUCAGUGUGCCUGCCAGGCUAGCAAGAUGGGAGGCUGGGCAGCUCAGAGAACACAGUGGAGACCUCUGCUUUCCCUCUGGUGCAGUGUCGUUCCUCAGCUCCUGUUGGAACAGGCUUCAUCCUCAGUGUCUGUGCCUUUGUCAGUUUCUCUCCUGAGGUAGCCCUGAUAUCUUUUCCAUGGAGGAAGACACACAGAGGCUCAGUCAGGACCUCUCAGUCCUGUGGCAUGGGGUUGGCUGCCCUGGCCCACCCCAUUUGAGACCAGCUUCCCAAAUACCUCAGUCCAGCCUUUCCUUAAGGGUUGACGUAAACACUGUGACCCCAAGCUAGUUUCCCUGAGGGCCCUGCCACUUCUAGCUGAUCACCCAAAAUUACCUACCUUAACUGCCUUCUGACCACACUGCAAACCAGAUGGGGAAAUAAGAACGUGUCAAGGAGAAUCAUUGGUGGGAGGGGGUGGUCGCUGUGCUCGGUGCUGUUCCAAGUUGUCUACACUUGCAUCAGAGGGUCUGUAUCCAUUCCACAGUGUGGAUGCCCCAGCACUGUGCGUGCUGCAGGCCCACUCUCUCUGGCUUGGGGCUCCAUACUCUCUGGAAGGAGCCCAGAGAGGCCUGGGGAGAUAUAGGGCUCACCUAGAUAUGAGAUGCCCCUCUGUCCUCACCCCAGAUGCAUGCAGAGGUCGAGUUUACUGGCAUCAAUUCUGAAAGCAAAGUACCUGAAUUCAAGUCUUGGCUUUCUCAUCUCAGACGAAUUCCUUGACUUCUCUGUCAGUGUCCUCCCCUGUAAAGUGGGGGUAAUACCAUCUACCUCAUAGGGUUGCUAUGAAGAUUACAUGGCAUUUAGGACAGUGCCUGGUACCCAGUGAGCGCUGUGUGCCUGCAGGAUGCCCCCUCGCCAAGUUUCUAUGCCCUACGAGCCGCUGUCUAGUUCUUUGGGAGAUGAUGGGGCAUCGUAAGAUAGUUACUAGACAGGGAAAAUAGGGCCAGAACUAGAUUCAGGAGCCGCCCAACUCCUAGGCCCUCUGAAGCCCUUACACUGAUGCUACAACCUCCAUCCUCCUUCCCUCACUUUACUUCCUCCACUCUUUUUAUUCUGGUUGUGCCUGGACUGGCUUCUCCAGCAGGUCCCCUGAUGUGCCCAGAAGGACAUCACCUUCCAGGGCUCUCCCCUCACUGAACACCGCCCCCUACACACACACGUACACACACACACACACACACACACACACAAACUUUUCCUAUACCCAAUCCCUUUUGCCCCCUGGAAGACUUGCUAUUUGUAAAAAAUAGAAAAUAGAGGGGCCUCAUCUUGGCCCCAGGAGAUCUGGGCUCCAGUCCUAGCUUUGCUUCUAUUUACUAUGGGCCUGAGAAUCAUCCAUGGGAUAGCAAUACAUGUUUCACAGAGGGUGUGGGGAACAUAAACACCAAUGGGCAUAGGAAUUCUAGUUUAUGGCAAAAACCAGUCCUCCAAGAGCUGAUUCCAGAGUAUCUUAGUAAGUUGGGGUGGCCAGCUCCUCACUCACCUAUGUUCAAAACCUGUCUGUCCCUGGGUUUCCAGACCCAUGCUACACAGGCACACACGGAUCUAUGUCAGUCUUAACUUUUUGUGUCAUAGACCACUUUGGCAGUCAGGUGAAGCCUGUAGACCCCUUCUAUGAUCAUGAUUUUUUUAUUUUUGACACAGAGUCUCCCAGGCUGGAGUAUAGUUCAUGCCAUCUCUGCUCACCGAAACCUCUACCUCCUUGGUUCAAUCGAUUGUCCUGCCUCAGCCUCCCAAGUAGCUGGGAUUACAGGCACUGCCCACCACACCCAGCUAAUUUUUGUAUUUUUAGCAGAGACAGGAUUUCUCCAUGUUGGCCAGGCUGGUCUCAAAUUCCUGACCUUAAAUGAUCUGCCCGCCUUGACCUCCCAGAAUGCUGGGAUUAUAGGCAUGAGCCCCUGCGCCCAGCCAGGAGCAUGUUUUUAAAUGCAGAAAAUGAAGUACCUAAGAAUUCAAAGGAAGCCAGUUAUUUUGAGAUGUGAUUCUAUCCACAGGUUCCUGAGGGGUCUUUGGUCCAGUUAAGAACUCCUGGGCAGUUUCUCCAUAACACAGGCUUCCCUUGCACUCUGCUUCCCUCUCCAAAGAAUAGCUUUUCUGUGUUCAUAUUUCAACGAAUCUGCCUUGCCCAUCUACUAACUAACCUUGCUCAUGAUUUAUUCUCUCUGGUAUGACCUUAGGCAGGUUACUCUGCGCUUCAGUUUAUUGUUAUUACUGCUGUGCUUGUCUGAGCCAAUAACUGGCUUUGCCAGUGACGCACCCUCAAUGCUGGUGACUGGAGCGGCAGUGAAGCGAACUGGGGGGAACUAUUCAGAGGCCGGGAGUAAAAGAGUGAGUCAGGCCUCUGGGUGGUGUCCUGAACUUGGCACACAGUAGGGGCUCAAUAAAUAAUUGCUGGGUGAAUGAAAGGGAGGUUGUCAUGUACAUGAAAGGAUCCACUGUUCCGAGCAUAUUGGCAGCGAAGUUUUGUGCAAAGUUACAGUCGUUCUCAUGUAUUCGUGAAAGCCAGCCUGGGUUAAUGGGCUCAUCUUAAGUUUAGCCUUUUUUCAAGAAUUCCGUUUGCAUUCGGCACCUUGGGGUCAAACCGAGACAAGGAAACAGGCCCUCCUGAGGCUCACAAAUGAGGCAACCGCAAGCUGAGUCGCAAUGAAUUAGUUGAGCAAUCGAAGUAAAAUACUUGGGGGGCUGGGUGUCUGGCCCGGGAUCGUCCCCGUUCCCUCCUGGCCUCGCCCCACUCAGAUCCCCGCUAGACUGCCGCCCACUGGGACUCCCCUCAGUUCUGUCUCCCCAGACUCGGCCCUUCGGUCCUGCGCCAGCCUGCGAGGUGGCAUUAGAAUUCGCCCUUACUGCCUGUCGGGCCCUGGCCCUGCCCCCGCGCCACCUCCAAAGUCGAGGGCCCGCCCCUCCCUGCCUGGACACGCCCUUUCAGUGCGGGAUCCUCCCAGGCUUGCCUCUUGGGCCCUGGCCCCGCCCCUGGGCUGCUUCCUGGGUGUGGCUUUGCCUCCACGUAGCCUCUGGAGCAGAGGCUCCCGGUCUGAGCUCCGCCUCUGGGCCUGGCUCCGCCUCUGGGCCUGGCCCCUCCCUCGCCCCGCCUUGGCCCUGGCCCCGCCCCUAGUCCGCUUUGUGGUCCCUGGCCUUCGACACAGAUUUGCUUCCUGGGUUAUGGAUUUUUCCCCACUCCGCCUCUACAGGGCCCGGCAUCUCCUCGGCCCAGCCUCCUGGGUUCUGGAUCCAUCCCCUAUCCACACCCACACCUUGACGCAGCUCUCGCCCCACCUCUAGGGGGCACUGUUCCCACCCCUCUUGGAUGGCCCAGCCUUUUACGGUCUGACUACACCUUCCUUAGUCCAGAUUUUCUUCUUGUUCCGCCUCCUGUGUUCUGAUUCCCCCCAUGCCCCUCACUUCUCGGUUCAGGGGGCAUAGGUCCUGCCCCUUGAGGACUAGCUCCCCCUCCUAGGGUCUGACUCCACCCCUCUACAGAUUUCCCUCGUCCCUCCCCUCCAGAGUGGCCCCUCCUCUCGAACUCUAGCUCCUCCCUCUCAUUCCUGGACUCCGCCCCUGCUCCCCUCCAGGGCCACAGUUCCACCCCCUGGACCGGAGCAGUUGGUGCUGUGAGCAUAAAACACUGGAAGCGGCGCUGUCCCGGACCCGGCUCCGCGCAGGCAGGGGCAGGGGCAGAGGAGCACCAUGCAGUGCCUGGGGAUCCGGAGCCGGAGCCGCUCCAGGGAGCUCUACCUGCAGGAGCAGAGCCUUAAGGUGGCGGCGCUCAAUGGACAGAGGCUGGGCCUGCAGGAUGACAAGGAUCUGCAGGCCCUGCUGAAGGGCAGCCAGCUGCUGAAGGUGAAGUCCAGCUCAUGGCGGAGAGAGCGCUUCUACAAGUUGCAGGAGGACUGCAAAACCAUCUGGCAGGAGUCCCGCAAGGUUAUGCGGACCCCAGAGUCCCAGCUGUUCUCCAUCGAGGACAUUCAGGAGGUGCGAAUGGGGCACCGCACAGAGGGUCUGGAGAAGUUCGCCCGUGACGUGCCCGAGGACCGCUGCUUCUCCAUUGUCUUCAAGGACCAGCGCAAUACACUAGACCUCAUCGCGCCAUCACCAGCGGACGCCCAGCACUGGGUGCUGGGGCUGCGCAAGAUCAUCCACCACUCGGGCUCCAUGGACCAGCGGCAGAAGCUGCAGCACUGGAUUCACUCCUGCUUGCGAAAAGCUGACAAAAACAAGGACAACAAGAUGAGCUUCAAGGAGCUGCAGAACUUCCUGAAGGAGCUCAACAUCCAGGUGGACGACAGCUAUGCCUGGAAGAUCUUCAGGGAGUGUGACCACUCCCAGACAGACUCCCUGGAGGACGAGGAGAUCGAGGCCUUCUACAAGAUGCUGACCCAGCGGGCGGAGAUCGACCGCACCUUCGCCGAGGCCGCGGGCUCAGGGGAGACUCUGUCGGUGGAUCAGUUAGUGACGUUCCUGCGGCACCAGCAGCGGGAAGAGGCGGCAGGGCCCGCGCUGGCCCUCUCCCUCAUUGAGUGCUACGAGCCCAGCGAGACUGCCAAGGCGCAGCGGCAGAUGACCAAGGACGGCUUCCUCAUGUACCUACUGUCAGCCGACGGCAGUGCCUUCAGCCUUGCACACCGCCGUGUCUACCAGGACAUGGGCCAGCCGCUCAGCCACUACCUGGUGUCCUCUUCCCACAACACCUACCUGCUGGAGGACCAGCUCACCGGGCCCAGCAGCACUGAGGCCUACAUCCGGGCACUGUGUAAAGGCUGCCGCUGCCUAGAGCUGGACUGCUGGGAUGGGCCCAACCAGGAGCCCAUCAUCUAUCACGGCUACACUUUCACUUCCAAGAUCCUCUUCUGUGACGUGCUCAGGGCCAUCCGGGACUAUGCCUUCAAGGCAUCCCCCUACCCCGUCAUCCUGUCCCUGGAGAACCACUGCACCCUGGAGCAGCAGCGCGUGAUGGCCCGGCACCUGCACGGCAUCCUGGGCCCCAUGCUGCUGAACCGACCGCUGGAUGGGGUCACCAACAGCCUGCCCUCCCCCGAGCAACUGAAGGGGAAGAUCCUGCUGAAGGGAAAGAAGCUGGGAGGGCUCCUGCCCCCUGCAGGGGAGGGUGGCCCUGAGGCCACUGUGGUGUCAGACGAAGAUGAGGCUGCCGAGAUGGAGGAUGAGGCAGUGAGGAGCCGCGUGCAGCACAAGCCCAAGGAGGACAAGCUCAGGCUAGCACAGGAGCUCUCUGACAUGGUCAUUUACUGCAAGAGCGUCCACUUUGGGGGCUUCUCCAGUCCUGGCACCCCUGGGCAGGCCUUCUACGAGAUGGCGUCCUUCUCUGAGAACCGUGCCCUUCGACUGCUCCAAGAAUCAGGAAACAGCUUCAUCCGCCACAACGUGGGGCACCUGAGCAGAAUCUACCCGGCCGGAUGGAGAACAGACUCCUCCAACUACAGCCCCGUGGAAAUGUGGAACGGGGGCUGCCAGAUCGUGGCCCUGAACUUCCAGACCCCCGGGCCAGAGAUGGACGUGUACCAGGGCCGUUUCCAGGACAACGGGGCCUGUGGGUACGUGCUGAAGCCCGCCUUCCUGCGAGACCCCAACACCACCUUCAACCCCCGUGCCCUGGCUCAGGGGCCCUGGUUGGCACGAAAGCGGCUCAACAUCAGGGUCAUCUCGGGGCAGCAACUGCCAAAAGUCAACAAGAAUAAGAAUUCAAUCGUGGACCCCAAGGUGACGGUGGAGAUCUACGGUGUGAGCCGGGACGUGGCCAGCCGCCAGACGGCUGUCAUCACCAACAAUGGUUUCAACCCAUGGUGGGACACGGAGUUUGCAUUUGAGGUAGUGGUGCCUGACCUUGCCCUCGUCCGCUUCGUGGUAGAAGAUUACGACGCCUCCUCCAAGAAUGACUUCAUCGGCCAGAGUACCAUCCCCUUGAACAGCCUCAAGCAAGGAUACCGCCAUGUCCACCUCUUGUCUAAGAACGGGGACCAGCAUCCGUCAGCCACCCUCUUUGUGAAGAUCUCCCUCCAGGACUAGACUGGGGGAAGCCAGUGGGGUCUACACGAGGGCCAGGGCUGGCUGCUCCCAGCCUCUUGCUUGGAGCUAGGCCCCCAAACUGCCUUCAGCGCUAAUAUAGUGUCUGCUGCUGCCUCCCUGGGGACUGGGAGCUGUCCUUCAUUCCGUUAGGGACAACACUGCAGCCGGCCCAUGGGCCAGGCUUUUUCUUUUUUUUUUUUAAUAAAAAUUACGAUAAGAUUAA